GCUGCACACAUUUUUUGAGACAUUCCUGAGGGCCAGCUCACCUCUUCAGGCUUUUGAUCAUAUGAAGGAAGCAAUUAGCAAACUCCUGCUAGCUGCUGAAGUAUUCAGUGACACAUCUAUUCUGGGACCAAAGACCUUUGAUAGAUGCAGAUCAUGUUUUCAGCUUUUAAGUUUUGAAAUAGGAUACAGCAGUUUCAGGCACCCUGUAGUGCUCCAGGUGCAUGAGCAUUUAAAUUUUCAAGAUGACGAUAAUAUGGAUUCUGAGGACCAAAAUACAGAAGAAUUCCUUUUAAAAGACACUUUCGAUUUUCUCUUCUCUAAUGAAUCUUCACUUUCCGUAUUUACUGAGAUAUUUCAGAGACUUUAUAGAUCAGAUGUAUUAAAGGGUGAAAACUAUCAAAAGGAGCUAAAUCAAUGUCUGUCUUUAGAGGAAAUUAACUCAAUUAUGACUUUCAUUAAGGAACUUGGGAGUCUGGGACAAUUCCAACUGCUCUUCCCGUCUACUACUCCUGGGAUUCAAUCUUUGAUGCGUGAAUUUUAUGAUAUGGAAAAUCCUAUGAGAAAUCCUGGCUCAGUACUGACCCAAUACCAGUCUCUUUUAAAUGUAUUUGAACAAUUUCAGCUUAUGAAUAAAAAGGCACAGCUACAUCCGCUGGAACGGAAUUCUUUCACAGAGGAUAAGAACACUGAAAAACCACAAGUUCCAUUUGAUACAAUUGAAAAGAAAAAAGCUACAGUUCCACAAAUUAUGAAUGAAAAUAAAGAAAUACAUUGCAGUGAUGAUAAAGACACACUGUGUCAUAUCAAGCAGAUCUUCACACAUCCACACUUGGAGCUAAAUCCUGAAUUUAAUCCAAAGAUCAAAGACUAUUACUCUGAAGUCCCAUUUGAUGUGGUAACAGUGACAAUUGGAGUGGAGACUUCUAAGUGUCAGUGCAAGGUGCAUCUGCAUGAGCAGGCAGGGCCAAGCUUUGCUAACUACUCUCUGGGUUUAGGAAUGAACAAGAUUGCAAUAUUUGUGGUGGAUGAAUCUCCAGUACAGGGUGAGACUCUGAUCACCUACAAACUCACCAUUUAUAGAGAAGACCGCCCAAGUCUACCCUUGUUUGAGGACUUCACAGCAUGUGGUUUUGUGCAGGCAUGUGUUGUGGGAACAUGAAUGGGGGAUGGAGUAUUCCUUGCAGAACUACAAGCUUGUUUGACAUAUGUUCCCUGAAGACAGAAUUAGGACACUUUAUUGCCUGACAUAUUUAAGUUCUUUUGGAAAUGCUGCUAAUUUGUAUUUUUUUCUUUUUCACCCACAUCUCUUUUAAAAUCGUGACUGAUGAGUUUAAAGCAUUGAGCAUGACCUCACUCUUCAAAGCAGUACAGGCCUCUUUGCCCAGUGGCCCUCCAGCUCUUCAGGACCUCAUUCUUUAGCAAUGUGGUGCAGACUUACACUGAGUUUUCUGCUUUUGCCUCCUCCACAUCCCUCCCUCCACCGCCUCCUGCAUGCUUCAGGAUGAUCUUUCCAGACUUAAUGAUACUGAAAAUAAAUAUUGCAUGUGGGAUUCUUGACCUCACAGGUUAUUUUAAAAUUAAAUUCCUGAUAAAGUUUAGAGAACUGGGUUUCAAAGGUUUAAGAAAUAGCAGGAAGAGAGAAGUUUUCUUUAAGUGAAAUAAUCUCUCUUAAAUACUUAGAUCAAAAUACCAUUUGUGCAAUCUGGAUUUGAGUCACAGGUUACCACUUACUUGUUGGAGAACUCGGGCAAAUUUCUCAUCUGUCAUAUAGAUAUAGUAAUUGACCUUAUGGGAAGUUUUAAGGAAAAAUUGAGUUAAUAUUGGAAAGAUCUUGGAAGCACCUGGGCACAGAAAGAGAUCAGUAUACAUGUUUGCAAAACACAAUUUUUAAAAAAGGCAAAUAAAUAAAAUAUGUUUUCAGGUUGGCAUAAGAGGAAAGUUUAAAACAUGGGUCUUUAUUUAUUAUUUUUUUUCCUAUUGAGGUCUAGCAGUUGGAGAUUUUCAAAUUGUUUAUAUUUGGGUUUAGAUUUAAUAAGAUGUAAAAAUAUUAAGGGCUUUGCAGAACAAACCACAUGUGCUAAAUUAUACAAUAAAUUUUGUAGAAACUGUGAUAAAACCAAGAUUUCAGAAUUAAAUGUAAAUUUUGCCUUGAAUAUGUGUUUUAAUUUUGACAGUUGUAUAUUUAAUUUUGUCAUCAUAUUAGCAGUCUCAGCUGGGAGACUAAGAAUUCAAAUAUUUAACAAAAAGAGGGAAAGUAUUUUUUUUGCCAAAACCAGGAACAUCCUUCAUAGAUAUUAUCCAAUGGACUCCAUUAAGGGUGAGAAGAUCAAUGUUCUCUGUAUUGUUUUUAUAAAUGAGCAGCAUGACGUUACCAGCAUGUUGUCAGGUACAAGAUAAAAUCAUAACAUAGUUUGAUUUUUUUGCAUGUAUAAUCUGUAGAAAAGUACUAUCAUUUUGAAAGCUGUCACUUCAAAAGCCAAUAAACUUAUUCAUAACUCAUAAUAAGCUAAA